UGUUAUUGUUUUCCAGAUAACUUACUCUUGACAGCAGAUCACAAAACUGUUAAACUUGCGGAUUUUGGUUUGGCAAGAGAAGAGUCAUUAACAGAGAUGAUGACUGCUGAAACCGGAACUUAUCGUUGGAUGGCUCCCGAGCUUUACAGCACGGUUACUUUGAGGCAUGGAGAGAAGAAGCAUUAUAAUCACAAGGUGGAUGCCUAUAGCUUUGCAAUUGUUUUGUGGGAGCUCAUUCAUAAUAAGUUACCCUUUGAAGGCAUGUCAAAUCUACAGGCAGCCUAUGCUGCUGCUUUCAAAGUAAGUAUUCUCUUCCUCGUCCUUCACUUUUGUUUUUCAAACAAACGUGACCUAAGAUAUAGAGAGAGAUCUGAGGUUCACGAUCUAGUUUGUCGGAAAUUGUUGUCACAAUCUGGUCAUUGGGAUUUGCAAUUUUGUUAUCGGAGGUCAUUCAACGGUGAGAUUUGGUUCUCAGAGAUUGUUUGGGCACUCGCAAUGGUGGGUAGAGGUUACUGGCAGUGCAGGCUAAUCAGCAAAAAGUAA